CCACCAAAUAGUCAGAAGAAGAAACCAAACAUAAAUUUCCAGAAAUAACUGAAACAGAUAACGAUUUCAAUUCAAUUCAAUUUGCCAAUUCCCAAUUCCCAAGUUGUUGCAAUCAGGAUAAUAGAAACAGAGCAGAAAAGGCCAACAGAGACAGAGACAGGUUGGAAUUGGAUAGAAAGAAAGAAAGGAGGGGAGGAAGGUCUCGCAUUUUUGGAGGGACACCCAAUCUGGCAAACCUUGGGGGCCUGAGGCCUCGUUUGCCGUUGAAGCAACCCAACAUAUACGACCCAGAUAGCGAGGAGUGUAGGCCUUGGCGUCGCAGGAUUUCUAUGGCUCUCACAUGGGGCUCCGCGCUGAGGAUCACACUCCUUCUCCUCCUCCUCGCCGCUGUUGCCACCGCCUGUUUCACUCUCCCUGUUGAAAAGAUUUUGAAGGACUUCUUAUUAUGGGUUGAUAAGGAUCUUGGCCCAUGGGGUCCAUUUGUGCUGGCCGUUGCAUACAUUCCUUUAACGGUCUUGGCAGUACCAGCUUCAGUACUUACCCUCGGUGGUGGUUAUCUUUUUGGCCUGCCUGUCGGCUUUGUUGCCGACUCAAUUGGUGCCACUAUAGGUGCAGGGGCUGCAUUCCUUCUUGGCAGAACUAUUGGGAGAUCAUUCGUCAUUUCCAAGUUGAAGGAUUAUCCUCAGUUUCGUGCAGUUGCGAUUGCAAUCCGAAAAUCUGGAUUUAAGAUUGUUUUGCUGCUUCGUCUUGUUCCCUUACUUCCAUUCAACAUGUUAAAUUACCUCCUGUCGGUGACUCCUGUUCCAAUUGGAGAAUACAUGCUUGCUUCAUGGUUAGGAAUGAUGCCGAUAACACUUGCACUAGUAUAUGUUGGAACAACUCUCAAGGAUCUUUCUGAUGUGACUCAUGGUUGGGGUGAAUUUUCGAAGACCCGUUGGGCUGUCAUCAUACUGGGCCUUGUAGUAUCCGUGAUUCUAAUGUUUCUUGUUACAAGAGUUGCCAAGGCUGCUUUGGAAAAAGCCUUGGCUGAAAAUGAGGAUCUUGAUAUCAUAACGCCACCUGAGUUACCUGUUUCUGAUACACCUGGUCAUCUCGACCAGCCGCUUUUAAUCAAGAUAGAUCCCUCUGAAGACCAUCAUGAAAAAUGAAAUCCGUGUUCUCUGUAAAUUCUUCUUCUACCUACCUUCUUUCACAGUGCUAUGCCUAAUUUAUACUUCAGGAUGUGGUACUUUUUAUUUAUGACUUGUACAGUCUCCCCAUCUUUUUAGAUUGUAAUUUUGGACAAACAAGGCUUAUUUGACAACCAAGAUUGUGUUAUUUAAGUGUAGUUUGUUUUUCCAAGUUGAAAUAAAAUAUUAAAAGAAAAAUCAGUUGAGAUCAA